UACGGGGGCCGAGCGGCGAAGCGGUGGGGAUGUGUCUCCUGUUGGGGGCCGCGGGCGCGGGCAAGUCGCUGUUGGUGAAACGACUGCAGAAGCUGAGCUCUCAGGAUGGGAAGGGCGACCUGGGCGAUCCUCCGUCGACGCGGCCCACGGUGGGCACCAACCUGACCGACAUCGUGGCCCCCAGAAGGAUCACCAUCCGGGAGCUGGGCGGGUGCAUGGGACCCAUCUGGCCCAGUUACUAUGGAAACUGCCGCUCCCUCCUGUUCAUGAUCGAUGCCUCCAACCCCACCCAGCUCUCCGCAGCCUGCGCGCAGCUCCUGGGCCUGCUCUCUGCAGAACCGCUGGCAGAAGCACAGGUCCUGAUCCUCUUCAAUAAAACUGACCUGUCCUGUUAUAUGACCGUAGAGGAGAUGAAAUCGUUAAUCAGGCUCCCGGACAUCAUUGCUUGUGCCAAGCAGAACAUCACCGUGGCAGACAUCAGUGCCCGCACAGGCACAGGCUUGACCGAGGUGCUGCGCUGGCUCCAGGACACCCACGGAGCCGGCUGACUACUAUUGGGAGGGGGCGUGGCUGGACCGCUCUGUGGGGAGGAGGCGAGGGCAACCCUGCUUGGCCUCCGGAGGCAGAUAAGGACCCAGCGUAGGAGGCAGAUAAGGACCCAGCGUAAACGUAGAAGGCGGGCUUCAGUGCCGAGCUGCAGUGAUGGGUAAACUGAGGCACCCAGGCUGGAAGUCCUGACAGCCGACGUUGGAAUGAAAACUGUCCAGGGCUAGGAGAGCAGCACCGGCCUGCAGACCUCAGCACCCGGAGCGGCAUGCAGGCAGGGAGGGCGGCAGGGACAGGUCUGGUGGCGCGCGGGUGCCGCUGAGCUCAUGGUUACAUCUGCGAAGACCCUUUCUCCAAGUAAGCUCAGGUUGGCACGUCCUGGGGGCCAUGCUUGAACGUACCUUUUUGGGCCACUGUUCAGCCUCCUGUGAUUGGUAAGGAGCUGUCUGCCUGAGUGUGGUGACACCUUAGGCCUUGCAGGUGUGCACGGCCCGUGCCACUGCUGGGCGCCACCUCCCCAGACGCCACCGAGCAGCCUGGACGCGGGCCAUCUCCACUCCCCAUUGGGGUCCUCGUAGAUUUCACAGGCAACUUGAGACCCAAAGGGCUUUCAGACACCCCCCAGUUUCAGAGGACUUCAGCAGAGCCCAGUGAAAAGCGUGAAGUGUUAGAAGACUCUGGGCUGUAAGUCAGUUCUUCAGCUAAGAGUGUGCGACUCUCGGGGCAGCACCAGGUGAGCUCUAGGGCCUGCCUGCAGGGCAGGAGGCUCCCCCUUUCACUGUAAAAUCGGAAUUAUGUAAACCGCGUUCUCUGUACUCAAAAAAUGAAUUAAAACAGCAAAGCAAAAAUGACAA